UCAUUUUCAAAUUUGGCCCUCACAAUUCCCCCUCCCGUUCCCCAUUUUCUUCCCUUUCCUACCCUGCUCUCCUCGUCUCCCCAAACCCAUUCGUGAUUUGCCCAUCUCAAUCUCCUCUACAAUUCCCCGUCCAUCGCUCUAUUCACAGCGCCGAUACCUCACCAGAUCGAACUCGUCUUCCUCCUGUGCGAUUUGGGCUCUUCCUGUCCCCUGUUGCUCAAAACCUCGCCCUUUUAGAUCAAAGCUCGCACCUUUCCAAGGUUUCAGGCCAGAAAUCCGGUGCUCUGGAAGAUAAUUCGGACCAGAAAGCUUUCAUUGGAGGGGGAAAAGAAAGCCCGUGAGGCUUCUGUGUAGAAAGCUGGGCGCUUUUGCUGAUUUCCUCUGCAAAAAUCGCUUGCUUUGCACGGGAAAAUAGGAUCUUUGUUACAGGUGCUGUUUGAAAUUUGGGAGCAAGUCGAGGAGCUCGACCCCGGUGGGUGCUAGCAAGCUCACUCUGAAGAUCUUGGUCACCACAAGAAAUUUGGUGAAUUUCUGGUUGUUGUGCAUUUUUCACUGGGCAUGUCCUUUCGCAGUAUAAUCAAUGACGUUAGGGAGAGCUUUGGUAGCCUGUCUAGGCGGAGUUUUGAUGUGAGAAUUUCAGGUCUCCCUGGUCUGUAUGGCCAUCACAGAGGGAAGUCCGUUGAAUUUCUGAGCGAGCUGCGCGAAAGACCUUUAGUAGUUGAUCAAAGCAGGUGGGUUGGUCUUCCUCCUGAAUUGCUUCGCGAUGUAAUGAAAAGACUUGAGGAAGGCGAGAGCACCUGGCCAUCCCGCAAAGAUGUUGUUGCUUGUGCAGCGGUCUGCGGAACAUGGAGAGAGAUCUGUAAGGAUAUAGUGCCAAGUCCGGAGUUUUGUGGAAAGCUCACAUUUCCAGUAUCACUUAAACAGCCGGGACCUAGAGAUGGAAUAAUCCAGUGUUUUAUCAAACGGGACAAAUCAACGUUAAUGUAUUAUCUCUACCUAUGUCUUAGCCCUGUUGUGCUUAGCGAGAAUGGAAAAUUUAUGCUAGCAGCAAAGAGGAAUCGCCGUGCAGCAUACACCGAGUACAUAAUUUCUGUGGAUCCUAAAAAUAUAUCACGAUCAAGUAAUGGCUAUGUUGGAAAAAUGAGUGCCAAUAGGUCAAAUUUUCUCGGCACCAAAUUCGUCGUAUACGACACGCAGCCACCAUACAAUGCCGGGAGCCUUGUCUCGUGUGAGCGUGGCAGCCGUCGGAUCUCAAGGAGGGUUUCGCCCAAGGUACCCACCGGUAGCUAUCCCAUUGCCCGGGUGAACUAUGAGCUAAAUGUGCUUGGCACAAGGGGGCCCAGGCGUAUGAAUUGCACCAUGCAUUCCAUCCCAGCCUCUGCACUGGGCCCUGAAGGUGUGGUGCCUGGCCAACCCAACCAGCUCUUGCUCCCUGGUUCAUCUUCAUUCAAAGAAUCCUUUCGCAGUGCCAACACCUCCUCCAGCUUGAGGUUCUUGGUUACAGACCGCUCCUUGGACUUCAGUAGCUCUCGCUUCUCGGAGAUAAGCGGAGGGGUCCAGCAAGAUGAGGACAAUGGCCAGGCUAAGGAGAUGCCUUUGGUUCUCCGCAAUAAAGAGCCAAGGUGGCACGAGCAGCUGCAAUGUUGGUGCCUCAACUUCCGUGGCCGGGUUACCGUGGCUUCUGUGAAGAACUUCCAGUUGAUAGCUGCACCACAGCUAGAUUCUGCGUCUUCUGAAUCUUCACAGCCAGCCCAGCAGCAAACUCAGCCUUCGAGUUCAUCUUCAACUUCCGAUCAUGAUAAGGUGAUCCUGCAGUUUGGUAAGGUUGCGAAGGACAUGUUCACAAUGGACUACCGGUACCCGCUCUCGGCAUUCCAGGCCUUUGCCAUCUGUUUGACUAGCUUCGACGCCAAGUUGGCUUGUGAAUAGAUCAGAGAUAAGAAAACAUGUAGAUGGGUGUGUGUAAUAAGUAGUACUACAUUAUUUGUGUGUGUGCAGGUGUUGUUUAUUAAUGUUCUAAUUUAGUCCUUUGUUCCUCUAUAUCGUGGCUUGGCAAACCUAAGAACAGGCAAGGUAGAUGAGGUGCAUAUGGUUGCUGCAUUUUUCAUUUCUGUAACCUGUUUGUAACAGCAAAAAAUGCAGACCUUGCCUCAGUACUCGAAAUUACAAUUCCUUAUGGAUUGAGCCUUUCAA